AUGCUGAGCCUGACUUCUGUUCUGUGGGAUUUGGGGUAUCCCUUAUAUACCUAUGGCUCCAUCUUCAUUAUUAUCCUAAUUAUCUGGCAGGUGAAAAAGAGUUACCAUGGAUUAACACUGGAACCUAAAAGGAGCUGCUGCCUGCGUCACCGGAAAGUCAGACAAAGGGCUAGAGAUGCAGCAUCAAGAGCUAGGAGAAUUUCCCAGGAAGAAGCUGAAAAGCCAUGGGAGCUGCUCUCUGUCAUGAAAAGCCGGGGCUGGCUUCCUCAGGAGGGGAGUGUGCAGCAGCUCCUGUGUGCAGAUUCCUGCUGCCAAACCUGCGAUGCCAUGGCUCUGGAGAUUCAGCAGAGGCCCAGCCUUCCAGAAUCUGGCUUGAGAAAUAAGAUGAAAUCUUUUCUACACUGUAUUAACCCCAAAACCAAAGGCAAAGGGCAUGAGGAAUCCAUGUCCUCCCCAUGUGAGAAAGUGGCUAACACAAGAAAAGAAAAUGUAGCAAAGAGCCUGGCUCCAGCCAAAAGUCCCAAGGGGCGAACUAAGACAGAGGAGACAAGAGCGGACCCAAAGGCCCAAUUUCUGCCUACUGAGAAGCAGGUGGGCCUGGCCUUCUUGGAUGGUCCCCAUUCCCCAGACAGUAAGCUCCGGCACCGCUCCCACUCCCAUCAACUCCACUCUGCCUCAGUCCUGGGCAUCCCCCGCCGCUGCCCUCGGCACUGUCCACGAGUGGCUUGUGCCAUCCAACCAGGGGACCCGCCCUCACUCUCACCUCUCACCUCAGAUGGAAACAUUGGUCUGCUCAAGAAGACCCAGUGCAUUCGAAAGACUCUGUAG